GGGAGCGAGCUCCGGAGCUGCCCUACGAGGUCAAAACGUAGCAGUGGCGGAGGCCUGCAGGGGGCGCCCGGACACCACCCUCGGCCCCGCCCCGCUCCAGAGGCCCCGCCCCGUCACGUGCCCGCGGCUCGCGUCACACCCGGAAGCAGGGGCACGAGUGGAGCCGGCCGCGAUGAGCGGGGAGCCGGGGCAGACGUUCGUAGCGCCCCCUCCCGAGGAGGUCGAGCCGGGCAGUGGGGUCCGCAUCGUGGUGGAGUACUGUGAACCCUGCGGCUUCGAGGCGACCUACCUGGAGCUGGCCAGUGCUGUGAAGGAGCAAUAUCCGGGCAUCGAGAUCGAGUCGCGCCUGGGGGGCACAGGUGCCUUUGAGAUAGAGAUAAAUGGACAGCUGGUGUUCUCCAAGCUGGAGAAUGGGGGCUUUCCCUAUGAGAAAGAUCUCAUUGAGGCCAUCCGAAGAGCCAGUAAUGGAGAACCCCUAGAAAAGAUCACCAACAGCCGUCCUCCCUGCGUCAUCCUGUGACUGCACAGGACUCUGGGUUCCUGCUCUGUUCUGGGGUCCAAACCUUGGUCUCCCUUUGGUCCUGCUGGGAGCUUCCCCUGUCUCUUUGACCUACUUAGCUCCUUAGCAAAGAGACCCUGGCCUCCACUUUGCCCCUUUGGGUACAAGGAAGGAAUAGAAGAUUCCGUGGCCUUGGGGGCAGGAGAGACACUCUCCAUGGACACUUCCCCAGCCACCUCAUACCCCCUUCCCAGGAUAAGUGCCCACGAAAGCCCAGUCCACUCCUCACCUCAGUAAUACCUGUUUGAUGCACAGAUUUUAUUUAUUCUCCCCUAACCCAGGGCAGUGUCAGCUAUUGGCAGUAAAGUGGCACUACAAACACUAA